CUGGUUGUAUUGAUGGUGUAUUCACAUGAAACCUCGAAGGAAACAAAAAUUGUGGGAGUGAACCAACUGUAUAAGUGCGAUAGGGAUGUAAACACUCGUGAGCCUUCUUCUCUUGGAUAGACUGUUAUGUGCAUAAGAUGUACGCUUCUACGAGGAACUUGUGUUUAUUUAUCGUAAUUUUAGCACAAAUGAUAAAUGUCUUCGGUCGGAUGGACAAAUGCGAGUUAACACAAGCAAUCCUUUUUAAAAAUCCGGAUCAAGGACCCGAGCCUGAUCCAAACGAAGAAAAAACUGUAGAGGAGAAUAAAACUGUUGAAUCCAAUGUGACAAUGAACAAUUCUACCUCUAACACCACUAAAGUUAAUUGCUUGAUGGAUAAAGUUUAUGGGCCAGUAGAACUUGUCAAUGUAACCAGGCUAAUGAAAUUAUUAAUCUUAGAACCUGGCCUAACAAAUAGAAGCAUAAAUAAUAAGGAAAGUAAACUGUUACCAGGAACAUGUGUAAUAGUAUUAUUUUAUGCAAGAUGGUGUAUAUUUAGUAGUCAAGCUGCACCACAUUUCAAUGCAUUACCACGUUCGUUUCCACAUCUCAAAGCAGUAGCAAUUGAUGCUAUAAAAUACCAACACUUCAAUGCCCAGUAUGGAAUUGUUGGCGUUCCCACACUGAUGCUUGUUCACAAUGGGAAACCAGUGGCAAAAUUUAACAAUACUGUCUACACUCUAGAAUUUUUUGCAAGAUUUAUAACGCACAUAACUAAUCUACAACCAAAUGGAACAUUAUAUGUUACGUCUUCAGAUUCUUCUGGUCCUGUUUCCAGUAUACCUUCAAAUGAAACAGAUUAUUGUCUAGUCCUUUCAUGGGUCUUUAUCGCUGCAUGUGCUAUUUAUUUUACAUUGCAAAGUAGAUGGUGGCAGCGAUUUGUAGAAUUAGUCCAGAAUACGUGGCGCGAAAGUAAUGCACAACAUGAGCAUGCUGAUUAAGACAUUAAAAGAGACUAUUUGUUGUUCCAUGUAAAACUACAUGGUUUAAAAUACAAACUCGUGGUAUUAAAAGAUU